CUCCCUCCCUCCUUUCUUCCCCCUCUCUCUCUCCCCUUUUCUCUUACUAUGAUUUCUUUUGGGCUUCUGCCUUCGAAAAUAAAUAAUCUCUCAUACUUUUGAACUCUCAAAUCUACUACCCUUCUCGUCUCAUACACGAACGCCCCCACCGUACAUGUUCAACCCAAACAUGCCUCGGCCGUGAUUGGCAGUCGAGUUUGUGGUGAUCGAGCGUGUUCGAGUGGCAAUUCACUGUGAAAACGUUCCGGCCGCGCCAAAUUGGCGUCAAUCGUCCGGACGAUUUGAGAUGAAACUCCAAAAUUACGAGACACUUUGCCAACAUGCCCACCUAGGCCCUGCCAAGUACUAGGUGUAACUCAGGUCGACAUGGGCCUCUUUGAAGUUGCCAACGAGGCGAUCUUUGGUCAAAUUUCUAGCUCAAAACUGCGCGGGGCAUGCGAGUUUUAUCGCACAAUAAGGCAAUUUUACGAACAACGUUGCAAGAUGGUGAGCGAUAUUCACCCACUUUGCCCGGAGCUGAAUGGGAGAAGGUGGGUCUCGGGCACCGUCUGGCAAACGGCCGAUGAAGACACCGCCGAUUGAAAUCGUCUGACCUCAAGUCGGAAUGCCAAAAAAAUAAAAAUCUGGGCCCGGAAACAGAAAAAGUCCUUGUCCGGAACUGCCCUGCCACCACAGCCGAGACACAGCAGGGCAGUUUGGUUUAGUGCCCGUUGGAAAAGGCUGCGUUUUGCUGCGACUCCGCGUACCGAAGUUUCCACCGGAAAAGCGACUAAAUUUAGCCCGCGCGGGACAAUAAGUGCGAGUCAGCUGUGUUUGUUGACAUAACCCCAAAAGUGCCAUCCAAGAGCGGAUCUUUUGACCUUGCCCCCCCCCCCUUAAUCCCCGGCCGCUUUUGAGUUCGUGACGCUCACCCCCCGAUCAUUUUUUCGGUUUUUGUGUCGGCAUUGGCAAACUCACCACCUGUCCAAUUUUUCUAUAUGACUUGGCAAGUGAACCCGGAGUGUUACCCGGGCGUGCGCAAAAUAAUGUAAUCCAACGCACUCUUUGCGACCGUUGACCUUGAACAAUAUUUCGGCAACAGUGCGAAAACUAUUUCACGGUCCUCUUUUCCGUUAUUUACCUUUCCAGUGAUUGUAGCUGCAUAUGAGGUCAUGACCAGUAGCAUGCAUCAAAUGAUGUUCUGACUCUGUAAUGACUCAGUCACUUUCCGGUCGAUUUAGCACCAUUAGCGCCACUGUGAUGUGGGUUAAGAACUUGAAUUUUUUGGCAGUACAAACGGAUUUCCUCUUGUGCGCCUCAAAAAAUUAUUUUCAUCUCUGCUGACAGAGUCCUCCACUUUCUAUAAUUAAACCCAGCGUCUGCAAAAUUCAACGUAAUUAUAUUUCUGCGAACUCUGCGCCGGGUUCGUGGAUAUGUUCGUUUCCGAAGCUGUAGAAGUUACCGUUCCGAGCCCGCUUGCGUUUUCUGCACGUAAUGAGAUAAAAAGAUGCCGUGAACGUUGUAUGAGCUUGUAACAGCUCUUACUUUCAUUAUUGGAAGAAUAAACCUAGUGUAAACAGCAAAUGAACUUCUGCCACUAUCAAACAUUUCCAUGAACCCUUCAUUGUAGCCACAGUAUCCAAUUGGAUCGUAAAAUUCACAACGAAAGUGAAAAUUGCACCUGGGAUAUUAUACUGACAUAUUUUAAGAACUCGGCCACGCUCUCUGCUGAAAUAUCCGGCAAAUCUGUAUUGCAAUUAAAACGCCACAGUUCCUGACUGUUUUAUGGUUUUUUUUCUCUGGACGAUUUCCCCAGUCAGAUUUUUAUAAAUUAAACUUGUGCUGAAUAUCUUUAAAAUACCAAUAUAACCCAGUUCAUUACUGCACUAAGCUGUGUACCUAUUCAAUUUCAUCAUAUUAUGCCUUAAUCUCUGCCUGUAAACCCUCUAUCGUCGAAAAUGGGGUUAAUUCUUUCCGCAAGUGCUGUGUAUGUCGGCGUUGUGGAGUUCUUGUCCGUCAUUGAUCGUAUACAAAGGUCAAUUAAAUUUGCAAACGAACAUAAAAUUGAAAGUGAGGCAGUGGAGAAACUACCUUACUCUCAGAUUGAACAGGAUUCAGCUGAAGUUCUAAAUCAAAACCCAGUGGAAUUUGAAAGGUUAGCAGAGAUUACUUACCACAAAAGCAACGUAAGUUUUGAGGAAGACAAGUCUAAUUAUGUCACCACCGAUGCUGUGGCUGCAUUGGAAAAUUCCUGCACGAGUGGGCCAAUGCCUGCAGAAGGAGAACUCACUUUCGAGAGUAAAAGCGAAACAUAUGUAUCCGAAGAGACUGAUUGUGAAAUUGAUUCACAUAAGUCUAGUCACACUAAUAAAAAUUCCAACUCAAAAUGCCCAGAAUCUGUUGAAAUUGUUGUCAAGAAUGAGAAUCAGAACCAAAUAAGAGAUGAAAAUGAAAACAAUAUGGAAAUUAAAAAAAUUCCCGUGGACUUGAGUGAAGAUUUAUCUAAAAUUAACAGCGCGGUUUCUCUUGAACAACUCGAAUCUACCUCUGAACUUUCAAGUAUAUGUGACGUAGGUGGGAGUCAAAAUGAAAUGCAAACUGCAGACUCAAAAGAAAGGGCCUCUGAUGAAAUUGAAAAUCGGUCUGUCGCUAUCAAUGAAUCGAUGGAAAAAGAGCUCGGCGCAAAUUUAGCAAUUUUAGAGGAAAACAAAUUCACCUCGGGAGUAACAGAUGAAAAUGCAGAAGUUCUAAUGGAGGACAUCAAGAAUGAUAUCAACAACACUUUCCACGAUGAUUUGCCGCAAAGUGAAAACAUACCUCAAUGCAGAAUGAUACAUGUAAAAGAGAGCACAACUGACGAUAAGCCUAGGGAAAAUGAUGUGCAAGACGAAAUACCAAAAAGAGAGGGAAAUUUAAGGGAAGCGGAAGGAAAUAUUGAGCACGGAAACGGAUGUGACGUUGGACGAGAAAACGGAAGUGAUAUCGGGGGAGGAGUAGACGUGAGCAUUGAUAGUGAAAGUCAUUUCGCCAGAGGUUCGGAAAACUUUAAAACUGACCGCGAAUCUUCCACUACUAAUUCCAGGUUUCAAGAAAACGAGAAUGUCUGUUCCGAAAUUGAUGCGAAUCUUAUUGAACAAUAUAGAACUGACCAGUGCCAAAAUGAACAAGAAGGGGUUGCUUCAAGAGUUGACGGAUGUAGCAACGGUGUGAAUGUGCUGACGGAUACUAUCUUUGAAGAAAAUAGCGAGGGAAAGCAUUUGGAAGAAGGAACGAUUGCUGAUAAGAUCUCAACGGGUAGUUUGAAACCCCAGCAAGCCCUAAAAGUUUCCACUAUUAAGGAUGAAAUCUGUUCAGAGACUAGCAAUCAAAGUUCUGAAGCUAAUGAAUCCAUUAAUUCGAGUAAUUCAGAUGAAGGGCAAAGCGACAGUAUAAAUUCAAAAGAUGAUAUCAAUAAUGAAAGAGCUACAUCUCAAUCCGAGCAGCGUGUAAAUGACAGUAUCGAUGAUAACUCUACAUCAGAUAGUGUAAUUGACAACGUUCCUAACACACAAGUUUCAAGUCAGUUGGUUUCUGAUCAAAUUCAUACAAAUAUAUGUAAUGAUUUCGGCAGCGUUUCAGUGAACAACAAAAAUAAUAGUGUGCAUUCAUUUGAAAGCGACAAGGAUAGUUGUGACGCUAUACUUGAUGCAAAUAAUGAGGAAAUUGUUAAUAAAUUUCCCGAGUCAGUAGAAAAUAAUUCCAAUAAUCUUUCUGGUAUUGGAAAAUCAGCUGAUGAUCGGUUCAUUGAUCCUCAUAGCCACUUUAUAGAUGAUUCAUUUAACUCUGUAGACGAAUCUUGCGAUCACAACAAAACAAAUGUAGAUACUGAUGAUCAUUCCACUGAGUCAUCGUUACUACCCCUCGAAUCAAACAGCUGCCAAAAUGCACCAAAUACUGCUUCUAACUCGGUAAGAUACCCAGAAUCGUCUAAUUCCAGUGAUUCAGCCGCUGUAAAAAGCUCGAGAGAGUCUCAGGAAAUUUCCAAAGAUUCAACCUCUUGUUCUCGAAGCGAUUCGCAAAUAUCAGUCGUAAGACCUCCAGAGAAUGAAGGAUAUGAAACGCAACCUAUAAGUUAUUCGAAAAACGAACGACAAAGAACUUCAAGUCCCUCGGAAGCUACUUUCUUAAGUACGAACGACAGGUCUAUCCCUGGAUCUCCUCUCUUCCAAGGGCCUGCCCCUAGAACUAUCUGUGAAAAUGAUAUCUCUGAAAGUAUAUCACCAAAAAAAACAUUCGAGGACGAUUGUUCCAGCAACGCAGCUCAGGAGCCUUCUGAUGCUCAGUCGGAGAAUCAGCAAGAAUCACGUUCGCGCUUGGCUGCGUGCUUCCCCUUCCUGCCUUCGCUGGCUCUGGGGUAUCGUAACACCGAGUCCACCUGUUUGGAGUCAGAGCGACCAAAACAAAUCACGCGCUACCUUCGCGAUGAGUGAUGGCGGAAAUCAAAAGUGUUAAAUUCAGCCUGCCAAGCGAACAAGACACCACCGGCGCCGUACCUGACUCUUGCCAACCGUAAAAUUUACGAACGGUUUCAACCGCUUAAUCUAUAACACGUGCGGCAUGUCCGCUCUACCCGGUAGCACUGUUGCGAAAAAAAAAAAAAAAAAAAAAAAAAAAAAAAAAA